AUGCUUACAAGGAACUGCCUGUUGCUGUUCCUUUGGCUUUACUGCGAGCAGGGCUCUCCCUCCCCCAUCCACUCGCCCCCCCAGCCCCAAAGCAGGGUGGGCAAGGAGCGUCCGCACCACCUGGCCAGCGGGCAGUUGGGGGGGCGCCAUGGGGGGGGCGCCGCUGCUGCCGCCACCGCCGGGUUCCAGAGGGUCAAGAGAGGAUGGGUGUGGAACCAGUUCUUCGUGCUGGAGGAGUACAUGGGCUCGGAACCGCAGUACGUGGGGAAGCUUCACACCGACUUGGACAGAGGGGACAGUGCAGUGAAGUACACCCUCUCGGGUGAUGGCGCCGGCACCAUCUUCACCAUUGACCAGACGACCGGCGACAUCCACGCCCUGCGGAGCCUGGACCGCGAGGAGAAGCCCUACUACACACUGCGCGCCCAGGCCGUGGACAUGGACACGGGCCGAGCCCUGGAGCCCGAGUCAGAGUUCAUCAUAAAGGUCCAGGACAUCAACGACAACGAGCCCAAGUUCCUGGAGGGUCCUUAUACAGGGAGUGUUCCAGAGAUGUCCCCAGUAGGCACAUACGUCAUGAGAGUGACAGCGACAGAUGCCGAUGACCCCACCUAUGGAAACAGCGCUCGCGUGGUCUACAGCAUUCUCCACGGGCAACCCUACUUCUCAGUGGAUCCCAAGACAGGCGAGAUCCGCACUGCUCUGCCUAACAUGGACAGGGAGGUGCGGGAGGUCUACCAGGUGCUCAUCCAGGCCAAAGACAUGGGAGGACAGCUGGGAGGACUGGCUGGCACCACCACCGUCAACAUCACACUCAGCGACGUCAACGACAACCCACCCCGCUUCUCCAAAAGCAUAUUCCACCUGAGAGUUCCGGAGGCUUCCACGGUGGGCUUGUCGGUGGGAUGCAUCAAGGCCCAUGAUCUGGACACAGGCAAGAACGCCGAGGUGGAGUACAACAUCGUCCCCGGUGACGGCGGCGCCAUGUUUGACAUCACCACUAACGAGCACAACCAGGAGGGUAUCAUCAUGCUGAAGCGGCCUCUGGACUAUGAAUCUAAGAAGGCCUACACUUUUAAAGUGGAGGCGUCCAACGCUCACGUGGACCCACGCUUCCAGAACCUGGGCCCGUUUAAGGACAUGGCCACGGUAAAGGUGAGCGUUCUGGACGUGGACGAACCGCCGGUCUUCAGCGAGAGCUCCUACGUGAUGGACGUGGACGAGGACACACCUGUGGGUCUCAUCAUCGGCUCUGUGACCGCUCAAGAUCUGGACAUAGGCAGCAGCCCUAUAAGAUAUUCCAUAGACUGGAAAAGUGACCUGGACAGUUUCUUUGACAUUGACCCAGUGGAGGGCACCAUUUCCACAAAUGAGCUCUUGGACCGAGAGUCGAUCGCCCAGCACAACAUCUCUAUUGUGGCCACGAAAGUUAACAACCCAGUGCUCACCAGCAGAGUAGCCGUGACAGUCCACGUCAAUGAUGUCAAUGAGUUUCCCCCUGAGUUUGCAAUGCCCUACGAGUCCUUUGUGUGUGAAAAUGCAAAGGUCGGACAGGUCAUCCAGUUGGUCAGUGCCAAGGACCGAGACCAACCCCCGGCUGGUGAACAGAAGUUCAGCUACAAGCCAGUGCAGGAUGAGGGUGAAGUCCAGAACUUCACCGUGCGCGACUUUGGGAACAACACAGCCGGGAUUGUCACACUGCACGGAGGGUUCCGUCGGCGGUCUCAGGAGUUCUACGAGGUCCCCGUGGUGAUCUCGGACAGCGGCUAUCGCUCCAUGAGCAGCACGGGCACGUUGACGGUGCGCGUGUGUGUGUGCGACGCGGACGGCUCGUUGCUCACCUGCAACGCCGAGGCGCUCUUCCUGCCGGUGGGCCUAAGCACUGGGGCUCUCAUCGCCAUCCUGCUGUGUAUUGUCAUCCUACUGGUAAUGGUGGUGCUGUACGUGGGGGUCCGUCGUCAGAAGGAGAAAGAGACCCUGAUGACGUCCAAAGAGGACGUGCGGGACAACGUCAUCCACUACGACGACGAGGGCGGCGGCGAGGAGGACACGCACGCCUUCGACAUGGGCACGCUGCGCAACCCCGUCAAGGCCGUGGACAGCAACAACCAGCUCCGUCGCGACAUCCGGCCCGAGCCCGGACUGGCCCCUCCUCCACCCCACGUCGUCGUUGCCGCUGCCGCCGCCACCACGUCUGCCCCGACGUCCGCCACCACGGUCAUCCCGCCCGGCCCGCUGUCUUCUCACGACGCGGCCGACAUUCGCGGCUUCCUCCAGCAGCGGCUGCAGCAGCACGACGCGGACGUGUCGGCGCCGCCGUAUGACUCGCUGGCCACGUAUGCCUACGAGGGCGAGGGCUCGGUGGCCGAGUCGCUCAGCUCCAUCCAGUCGCUGGCCGGCGCUGCAGGCGGGAGUGGGGGCGGAGGAGCGGGCGAAGCUGAUGACGACUACGACUACCUCAGCGAGUGGGGGCCCCGCUUCCGCACGCUCGCCGGCAUCUUCGGUGACCGCUCAGAGAGCCUAACGUCAUCGGCUACUUCCGCGUCCGCAUCAGCAUCUGCUCCCGUCACAGCCCUGGAGACAGAGAGCAAACACCAACACUGAUGUCAGCCGAACGCCGGUCGACAGGUGCACAACGGUGGCGGAGAGCAAAACAAAAACAAUCUGAUAAACACCAACCAACGCCGUGAAACGACAGUGUGAAACUCGCCGACAUAAACACCAGACGGCAGUGCAGAAGCUACUCAGACACACACUCGUCACCUGAAGCAGAGGAGAGGAGAGACUAGUUCCUAUUCCUCCUGUGCGCCCUCUUGACAUUGUUUUCUUUCAUACAGCUAUCGGUACUUUUUUGCUAUUUCGAGUGGGGUGGUGGGGGCAGGGGGGGUUGACUGAAUCCUCAGAUUUUAUUUGUGCUGAUUUUUUUUUCACGCACCCCAACCCUUUCCCUUUUCCACGUUCUCCUUCUUGUUGCCUCACAGUGAUUUUGGCAGGGUUGAAAGAAGAGACUGAAUCUGAAAAGGAAAAAAAGAGCGAGAAGGAGAGAAAGAGAGAAAUGACAAAAAAAAAAAAAAAACAACAACAAAAAAUUUCUCAGUGAUGUCAGAACGAAUGUGGCAAUCUCGGUUUUAGGUAUUCCACUUUGGUUUUGCUGUCACUGCUUGAGGAAGGAGACACCCAACCACAGGAAAUGCAAUGCAUUGUUUUUCUCCAACAUCCUUAAAAAAGUGCCUCAAUGGAGUUAGUAAGCUUUUUAUUAUAAUUUCCGUGGUAUAUAUAUAUAGCUGUUUUGGUUUUGUGACUUCGAGAACCCUAGAGGAAGGUAGAACACAGCAAUGUAGCUGCACAUUACUGUUAGCAAGUUAGCGCUGUAGCGCGUUGGCAGGUUAGGUAACACACUGACACACACAAGGGUUCAGGGAAAGACAAAAAAAUAUAGAUGUGUGGCCCACUAUUGGCCAAAGA